AACAGCACCGACGAAGGCGCGAGGGCUUGUCUCCUGUUGCCCCUCGCCGGGUGCUCCUGAGAAGGCGGCGGCAGUAGUGCCAAUACCGCCCCGCCCGCCCGCCGCUGCUGCCUACGGUGUCUGUGUGUAAGGGGAGGGGGACGAGCCGAGGAGGGGAGGGGGCGCCACCGCCGCUGUGGGGCCGCCGCUGCGGUAGGAGCCGCCGCGGCUGCUGCCGCUGCCAGGUCGCUAGUGAAGAGGAGGCGGUGGCGGCGGCAGCGAACAUGUUUUCAGUGAGGAUAGUGACUGCCGACUACUACAUGGCCAGCCCGCUGCAGGGGCUGGACAUCUGCCAAUCCCCCCUCACCCAGGCCCCUGUCAAGAAGGUGCCGGUGGUGCGAGUCUUCGGAGCGACCCCGGCAGGUCAGAAGACAUGUCUUCAUCUACAUGGCAUCUUUCCUUACCUCUAUGUGCCAUACGAUGGUUAUGGACAGCAGCCAGAAAGCUAUCUUUCUCAGAUGGCAUUCAGUAUCGACAGAGCACUUAAUGUGGCUUUAGGCAAUCCAUCUUCCACUGCUCAGCAUGUGUUCAAAGUGUCAUUAGUAUCAGGAAUGCCUUUUUAUGGUUAUCAUGAGAAAGAAAGACACUUUAUGAAGAUCUAUCUUUACAAUCCUGCAAUGGUGAAAAGGAUAUGUGAACUUUUGCAAAGUGGAGCCAUAAUGAAUAAAUUUUACCAGCCUCAUGAAGCGCAUGUUCCCUACCUCCUACAGCUCUUCAUUGACUAUAAUCUGUAUGGAAUGAAUUUAAUAAAUCUGGCUGCUGUCAAGUUCCGAAAAGCAAGAAGGAAAAGUGAUUCAUUGCGUGCCACUGGCUCUUGCAAGGAUCGGCUACCAGGAAAUUCUCUUACUGGUACCUUAUUCCGGUGGGAAGAAAAUGAAAUACCAAGCUCUUUAAUAUUGGAAGAUGUUAAACCGCAGAGUACAUGUGAAUUAGAAGUAGAUGCUGUAGCUGCUGAUAUCUUAAAUCGGCUGGACAUUGAAGCUCAAAUUGGUGGAAACCCUGGUCUACAGGCCAUAUGGGAAGAUGAAAAGCAACGGCGAAGAAACAGAAAUGAAACUUCUCAGAUUAGCCAACCUGAAUCACAAGAUCGCAGGUUUGUGUCAGCAACAGAAAGUGAAAAAAAAUUUCAGAAGAGACUACAGGAAAUUCUCAAACAGAAUGAUUUCUCUGUAACGUUAUCAGGAUCUGUGGGCUACAGCGAUGGAUCCCAGGAGUUCUCUGCAGAGUUAACAUUGCACUCUGAGGUUCUGUCUCCUGAAAUUCUUCAGUGUACACCGGCUAAUAUGGUGGAAGUCCACAAAGACACAGAGUUGAGCAAAGGUCACAUGAGACAUAAAGUGGAGGAAGCUCUUAUUAAUGAAGAAGCAAUUUUGAACCUCAUGGAAUCUAGUCAGACUUUUCAGCCUUUGACCCAAAGACUGAGUGAGUCACCAGUUUUCUUGGACAGUAGUCCUGAUGAGGCUCUGGUACAUCUUCUUGCUGGUUUGGAAAAUGAUGGAUAUCAGAGGGAAAGAAACAGGAUGCCAUCGCCAUGUUGUCCCCACAAUAGUGAUGAUGAAGAAAAUGAACCACAGGUUGAAAAAGAAGAAAUGGAGCUUAGUUUGGUUAUGUCUCAGAGAUGGGACAGCAAUAUUGAAGAACAUUGUGCCAAAAAGAGAUCACUGUGCCGAAACACUCACAGAAGCUCAUCCGAAGAAGAUGAUUCAUCUUCAGAGGAAGAAAUGGAAUGGAGUAAUAGUUUGUUUCUAGCCAAUCUUUCUAUACCUCAGUUAGAUGGAACUGCAGAUGAAAACAGUGACAAUCCACUGAACAAUGAAAAUUCUAGAACACACUCUUCUGUGAUUGCAACAAGCAAGCUAUCAGUAAAACCUUCCAUCUUUCACAAAGAUGCUGCUACAUUAGAACCCCCAUCUUCUGCUAAGAUUACCUUUCAGUGUAAACACACAAGUGCCCUUUCUUCCCAUGUUUUGAACAAGGAAGAUUUAAUUGAAGACCUAUCACAGCCAAACAACAUAGAAAAAGGUCUAGAUCAUUCAGCUGCUUCUUUUACAAAUGAAAGCACUUACUCUAUGAAAUACCCUGGAUCUUUAAGCAGUACUGUCCAUUCAGAAAAUGCUCAUAAAGAAAGCACUAAGAAAGAUAUCCUCCCAGUAUCUUCCUGUGAAAGUAGUAUUUUUGACUAUGAAGAAGAUAUUCCAUCUGUUACAAGACAAGCACCAAGUAGAAAGUAUACAAACAUCAGAAAAAUUGAUAAGGAUGCCCCUUUUAUACAUAUGAACCGUCACACUAGCGAAAGUACAUUGAGCAAAAGUUCUUUCAACUUUUCUGACUUAAGUCAUUCAAAAAAUAAAAUAUCUUGUGAAGGAAAUGAAAAAGGAAAUGGCACAACUCUGAAUAGUUUAUUCCCUUCAUCGUUAACAGAAAAUUGUGAAUUGCUGUCUUGCUCAGGGGCUAAUAGAACUAUGGUACAUUCUCUUGAUAGCAUUGCUGAUGAAAGCGGACUAAAUAAACUUAAAAUUAGAUAUGAAGAAUUUCAAGAGCAUAAAACAGAAAAGCCAAGCCUCAGCCAGCAAGCAGCACAUUAUAUGUUUUUUCCCAGUGUCGUUCUUUCUAAUUGUCUCAGUAGACCACAAAAACUCUCUCCUGUCACAUACAAGCUACAACCCAGUAAUAAACAGUCUCGGUUAAAAAUGAAUAAAAAGAAACUUGUAGGUCAUCAAGAGACUUCUACCAAAACUAGUGAGAGUGGAUCCACAAAAGAUAAUUGUAUACAAAAUAAUCCUUGCAAUAGUAAUUCUGAGAAGAAUAAUGUAUUGGCCAGCGAUUUAAUUAAAGUCACCCGUGGAGCUUUUGAAAAUAAAACACCUGCAGACAGUUUUAUAGACUGUCAUUUUGGAGAUGGAACCUUAGAAACUGAGCAGUCCUUUGGAUUAUAUGGAAAUAAAUACACACUUAGAGCCAAACGCAAGGUAAACUAUGAGACUGAAGAUAGUGAGUCAAGUUUUGUAACACACAACUCAAAAAUUAGCCUACCUCAUCCUAUGGAAAUUGGUGAAAGUUUAGAUGGAACUCUCAAAUCUCGAAAACGAAGAAAAAUGUCUAAAAAGCUGCCCCCUGUCAUCAUAAAGUAUAUCAUUAUUAAUAGAUUUAGAGGGAGAAAAAAUAUGCUUGUGAAGCUAGGAAAAAUAGACUCUAAAGAAAAACAAGUACUAUUAACAGAGGAAAAAAUGGAACUAUAUAAAAAGCUUGCACCUUUGAAGGAUUUUUGGCCAAAAGUUCCUGACUCCCCUGCAACCAAAUAUCCCAUUUAUCCACUAACACCAAAGAAAAGUCACAGAAGAAAAACGAAGCAUAAGUCUGCUAAGAAAAAAGCUGGUAAGCAUCAAAGGACAAAUAGUGAAAAUAUUAAAAGAACUUUGUCUUUCAGGAAAAAACGAUCACAUGCUAUUCUUUCUCCUCCUACACCAUCUUAUAAUGCUGAAACCGAAGACUGUGACUUGAAUUAUAGUGAUGUAAUGUCUAAACUAGGUUUUCUUUCUGAGAGAAGCACAAGUCCCAUAAAUUCCUCUCCACCUCGCUGCUGGUCUCCCACAGAUCCAAGAGCUGAAGAAAUUAUGGCUGCUGCAAAUAAAGAAGCAAUGAUUUUUAAGGGUCCUAAUGCAUGUAAUAGCAAGACUGUUAACUCCCGUAUAGAAAAAAAUAGCCGAGCAAGAGCACAGGUGAAGAAAUCCAAAACAAAGCUUGUUAAUCCCUCUGCAGUUACUAAGAAAAGGAACAAACGAAAUCAGACAAAUAAACUAGCUGAUGAUGGAAAAAAGAAACCGAGGGCAAAACAGAAACAAAAAACAAAUGAGAAAGUUACAUCGAGAAAGCAUAUAACACUUAAAGAUGAAAAAAUAAAAUCUCAGUCUGGUGCUGAAGUUAAGUUUGUGCUGAAACAUGAGCAUGUGUCUGAGACCUCAAAUAGUUCUGGAGGCUCUCAACUACUUUUUAAACAGAAAGAUGUGUCACUAGUGGGCUCUGCUAUGGAUCAUCCUAUUUCUGCCCCCCAAACCACUGGAAUUCAUGCACAACAGAAUUUAUCCGGCUGCUUUUCUUCUUUCUUAGAAAGCAAGAAACCUGUAGAUUUGCAGACAUUCCCCGGUUCCCGAGAUGAUUUGCAUUCAUCCGUUGUUUGUAACUCUUUGGGACCUGGAAUCUCAAAAAUUAAUGUUCAGAGGUCUCAUAGUCAAAGUGCUAUGUUUACUCUAAAGGAAUCAACCUUGAAUCAAAAAAGUAUAUUUGACCUUUCCAACCAUUUGUCUCAGGUAGCACAGAAUACACAGAUAUCUUCAGGUGUAAUGUCUCCAAAGACAGAAGAGAAUGCAAAUAUACAAAAGAACUAUUUGUCAUCUAUCGGAAAGUUAAAUGAAUUUCAUAAUUCCCUAGAAUCAAAGGCUGACCCGGCGUAUGCCCCUAAUUUUUUGCAUUGCAAAGACAGUCCACAGCAGAUUGUGUGCAUGGCAGAACAGUCAAAGCACAGCGAAACUUGUUCUCCAGGAAAUGCAGCUUCAGAGGAAAGCCAGAUGCCUAAUAAUUGCUUUGUAACUUCCUUGAGAAGUCCAAUCAAACAAAUAGCAUGGGAGCAGAAACAAAGGGGCUUUAUUUUAGGUAUGUCAAAUUUUAAACCUGAAAGGGUAAGACAGAGGUCAUUGGCAGAAGCAAUUUCACAAACCAAAGCACUUUCCCAGUGUAAAAAUCAAAGUGUGUCAACACCGUCAGCAUUUGGUGAAGGACAGUCUGGACUGGCAGUUCUAAAAGAAUUGUUACAGAAAAGACAGCAGAAAGCACAAAAUGCAAAUAUUAUGCAAGACCCGUUAUCUACUAAACAUCAACCAAACAAAAAUAUUUCUGUUUCCCUUGAGCAUAACAAGACAAUUAAACGAACACGAUCAGUAACAUCUCCAAGAAAACCUCGAGCCCCCAGAAGUAUAAAACCUAAAGAAAAAAUCCCCAAACUUAAAGUAGACUCCCUAAUUUUACAAAACUCUGGCCAGUUGGAGAACUCCCAGUCGGAUGACAGUCCCAUCUUUUUUUCAGAUCCAGGUUUUGAAAGUUGUUAUUCACUUGAAGAUAGCUUGUCUCCUGAACACAAUUACAAUUUCGAUAUUAAUACAAUCGGUCAAACUGGAUUUUGUAGCUUUUAUUCUGGAAGUCAGUUUGUCCCUGCUGAUCAGAAUUUGCCUCAGAAAUUUCUAAGUGAUGCAGUCCAGGAUCUUUUCCCAGGGCAAACAAUCGACAAAACUGAGUUUUUAAGUCACGAUAACCAGAAGUGUGAUGAAGACAAACAUCUGACCUCAGACUCAACCUCAUGGCUUAAAUCUGGUACACUGAGUCCGGAACUGUUUGAGAAAUCAUCCCUAGAGAGCAAUGAGAGCCAUCACCACAACCAGUGGAAAAACAGCUUUCAUCCUCUAACAGCUCGGUCUAAUUCAAUAAUGGAUUCUUUCUGUGUCCAGCAGGCAGAGGACUGUCUAAAUGAAAAAUCCAGAUUGAAUAGGAGUUCUGUAAGCAAAGAAGUGUUCUUCAGCCUCUCUCAGCCCGGCACUUCAGACUGGAUUCAGGGUCAUACCAGAAAGGAAAUGGAACAGUCUCUCGACUCAGCCAAUACCUCUUUUACUACAAUACUAUCCUCCCCUGAUGGUGAACUUGUGGACGCAGCCUCUGAAGAUUUAGAAUUGUAUGUUUCAAGAAAUAAUGAUAUAUUGACACCAACUCCUGAUAGCUCACCAAGGUCUACCAGCUCUCACUCACAAUCUAAAAAUGGCAGUUUCACCCCUCGAACUGCUCACAUUCUGAAACCACUUAUGUCCCCACCAAGUAGGGAAGAAAUUAUGGCAACUUUGUUUGAUCAUGACCUUUCAGAAACUAUUUACCAGGAACCAUUUUGCAGUAAUCCUUCUGAUGUACCAGACAAGCCCAGGGAGAUUGGCGGACGGCUUCUCAUGGUAGAAACUCGGCUCCCAAAAGAUCUAGCUGAGUUUGAGGGAGACUUUUCCUUGGAAGGACUUCAUCUAUGGAAAACAGCAUUCUCAGCAAUGACUCAGACUCCAAGACCAGGGUCACCCCUUCGCAAUGGCCAAGCAUUUGUCAAUAAAGGGUUAAGUAAUAGCCAUAAAAUGGUUGAAGAUAAAAAAAUUGUGAUUAUGCCUUGCAAAUGUGCCCCAAGUCGACAACUGGUUCAAGCAUGGCUUCAAGCCAAAGAAGAAUACGACCGUUCCAAGAAACUGUCUAAAACUGAGCCAACUGGAGUUGUAAAAUCUGCUGAGAACUUUAGCUCUUUAGUUAACCCAGAUGACAAACCUGUAGUGCCUCCAAAAAUGGAUACAACUCCACAGAUACUGCCCACUGCAGCACAUACCAAGGAAGAUGUUGAUAAUUCUCAGAUUGCUUUACAAGUGCCAACCACAGAGUACAGUCAAACUGCAGGUGGAAGUCAGACGCUGUCACCAGUUGCUUCUGCAAAUGAUCCUGACGAAGAUGAUGAUGAUGACUAUUAUUUUAAUUGUAGCUCCCCUGAUUCUCCAAUAAUUCCACCUUGGCAACAAGUAGCAUCCUCAGAUUCCAAAACAUUGAAUGGAGAUGACAGACCCUCAUCACCAAUAGAGGAACUAUGUUCCCUGACUGUUGAGAACUUCUUAACAAUAAAAACAGUAAAAGAGGGUGUACAGAAAAGCCCCUGCAGUGAGCCUCGGGAACCUCUAGUGGUAUCUCCCAUUAAUGUGAAGGCAAGAACUGGGAUAUGUGAAUCACGUUGCCUUCAUAGUACACCAAUCAUACAGAGAAAACGUCUGGAAAGGCUUCCUGAAGCAGCUGGCUUUAGCCCUUUAUCAACAGAACCAAAAACCCAGAAACUGAGUCAUAAGAAAGGAAGUAAUAUUGAUACUCGUAGAAGAGUAUUUUUAACACAAGCAAAGAAUCAAUUUGCUGCAGUAAAUACUCCAAAGAAAGAAACUUCUCAGAUUGAUGGACCAUCUUUAAACAAUACUUACGGUUUCAAAGUCAGCAUACAAAAUUUACAGGAGGCAAAAGCUUUACAUGAGAUACAAAAUCUUACCCUAAUUAGUGUGGAGUUACAUGCUCGGACUAGACGAGACUUAGAACCAGAUCCUGAAUUUGACCCAAUUUGUGCUCUGUUCUACUGCAUCUCAUCUGAUACUCCACUACCAGAUACAGACAAAACAGAACUCACAGGUGUAAUAGUGAUUGAUAAAGACAAGACAGCCUCCAGUCAAGAUUUUUCUUUUUAUAUUUUAUAUCAUGAAAAAACAAGUCUUCUGGUGAAAGGUUCAACUUUGUGGUCCUUGUUUAAUUUUUUUCAUUUAUUCUUUAGGUAUGAUCCUGAUAUUCUGCUAGGAUAUGAGGUUCAGAUGCAUUCCUGGGGUUACCUCUUACAGAGGGCUGCUGCUUUAAGUAUUGACCUAUGUCAGAUGAUCUCUCGGGUGCCAGAUGACAAAAUUGCGAACAGAUUUGCAGCUGAAAGAGAUGACUAUGGAUCAGAUACAAUGAGUGAGAUAAACAUUGUUGGCCGAAUUACUCUAAAUCUUUGGAGAAUUAUGAGAAAUGAGGUGGCUCUAACUAACUAUACUUUUGAAAAUGUGAGCUUUCACGUUCUUCAUCAGCGUUUUCCCCUCUUUACCUUUCGAGUCUUAUCAGAUUGGUUUGAUAACAAGACAGAUCUAUACAGAUGGAAAAUGGUUGAUCAUUACAUCAGUCGUGUCCGUGGAAAUCUCCAAAUGUUAGAACAGCUGGACCUGAUUGGGAAAACCAGUGAAAUGGCUAGACUUUUUGGCAUUCAGUUUUUACAUGUACUGACAAGGGGUUCACAGUACCGUGUGGAAUCAAUGAUGUUGCGUAUUGCUAAACCAAUGAACUAUAUUCCUGUGACACCUAGUGUACAGCAGAGGUCCCAAAUGAGAGCACCACAGUGUGUUCCCCUAAUUAUGGAGCCUGAGUCUCGCUUCUAUAGCAACUCUGUUCUCGUUUUGGAUUUUCAGUCACUAUAUCCUUCUAUUGUGAUUGCAUAUAACUACUGUUUUUCCACCUGCCUUGGCCAUGUGGAGAACUUAGGAAAGUAUGAUGAGUUCAAGUUUGGCUGUACCUCUCUAAGAGUACCUCCAGAUUUACUUUACCAAAUUAGGCAUGAUAUCACAGUGUCCCCCAAUGGAAUAGCUUUUGUCAAGCCGUCAGUCAGAAAGGGUGUGCUACCAAGGAUGCUUGAAGAAAUUUUGAAGACUAGACUCAUGGUGAAGCAGUCAAUGAAGGCUUACAAGCAAGACAGAGCCCUUUCACGAAUGCUCGAUGCACGUCAGCUAGGACUUAAACUUAUAGCAAAUGUCACAUUUGGCUAUACAGCUGCUAAUUUUUCUGGGAGAAUGCCAUGCAUUGAGGUUGGUGAUAGUAUUGUUCACAAAGCAAGAGAGACGUUGGAACGAGCUAUUAAACUGGUGAAUGAUACCAAGAAAUGGGGUGCAAGGGUUGUAUAUGGUGAUACUGACAGUAUGUUUGUGCUACUGAAAGGAGCUACUAAGGAGCAGUCUUUUAAAAUUGGUCAGGAAAUUGCUGAAGCUGUAACUGCUACCAAUCCAAAACCAGUGAAAUUGAAAUUUGAAAAGGUAUAUUUGCCCUGUGUUUUACAAACAAAAAAGAGGUAUGUGGGUUAUAUGUAUGAAACACUGGAUCAAAAGGACCCGGUAUUUGAUGCAAAAGGAAUAGAAACAGUCCGAAGAGAUUCCUGCCCUGCUGUUUCUAAGAUACUUGAGCGUUCUCUAAAACUGCUAUUUGAAACAAGAGAUAUAAGUUUAAUUAAACAGUAUGUUCAGCGACAAUGUAUGAAGCUUCUGGAAGGAAAGGCCAGCAUACAAGAUUUUAUCUUUGCCAAGGAAUACAGAGGAAGUUCCUCUUAUAAACCUGGAGCUUGUGUGCCAGCCCUUGAACUUACAAGGAAAAUGCUCACUUAUGACCGGCGCUCUGAGCCUCGAGUUGGGGAGCGAGUGCCCUAUGUCAUCAUUUAUGGGACCCCUGGAGUGCCACUCAUCCAGCUGGUAAGGCGCCCUGCAGAAGUCCUGCAGGACCCGACGCUGAGACUGAAUGCCAUGUACUAUAUCACCAAACAGAUCCUUCCACCCCUGGCCCGAAUCUUCUCACUUAUUGGUAUCGAUGUCUUCAACUGGUAUCACGAGUUACCAAGGAUCCAGAGAGCCACCAGUUCCUCUCGCAGUGAAGCUGAAGGGCGGAAAGGCACUAUUUCACAGUACUUCACUACCUUGCACUGUCCUGUGUGUGACGACCUGACUCAGCACGGCGUCUGUAGUAAGUGUCGGAGCCAGCCUCAGCAUGUUGCAGUCAUCCUCAACCAAGAAAUUCGAGAGAUGGAACGGAAGCAAGAGCAACUUGGAAAGAUAUGCAAGAACUGUACAGGUUGCUUUGAUCGACAUAUCCCAUGUGUUUCUCUGAACUGCCCAGUACUUUUCAAACUCUCCCGAGUAAAUAGAGAAUUAUCCAAGGCACCAUAUCUCCGGCAAUUACUAGACCAGUUUUAAAUUCUCAAUAUCACAGAAUUCCAGGUGCUAUUUUUUUUUUCAGUGUUUACCACUCAACUGUCGUGCAUGGUGCUUUUUCAACUUUCAUCGAGUCAAGUAUGUUCAUUGUCCGUCUAUUAUCUGAAGACUAUGAAGACUUAUGCUAACUGAAUUAAAAAUUGUACUUGUUGAUCUCUGAAUAGCUCAUUUCUUACAAUGUACAAAUUCCUCAUUCUUUCACCUUUUUAACAUUGUUUUAUAAUGCCGGUGUUGAAUUUGCUCCAGUAUGUGUAACAUCUUGUAAAUCCAUUUGAGUAGAUCAUAAUUACUUCCCUGUGGAAGGAGCACUGAAACCUCUUUUAAAAAAACCAUUCGUGUUUUCCUUGAACUGUCUGUAUCGGGACGUGUUACUUAGAGAUAUCCACUCACUUUAUAAUUUUGACUGCGAAAUAUUUUGUAAAUACACUUUUUUACUUUUCAAACAACUGAGUAAAAUGUGCAAUGAAUUUUAUACAAAUGAUUUUCAAGUUGUUUGGUAUAUUUCCUCUAGGUUUUGCUUGACUCAGAGUAGAGUUGUUAUUCUGAUCAAACUGUGCAAACAAUAGUACCAUGUGUAGCAUUUUGAAACAUUAUUUUCUAAAACCGCUGUCUUGCUUUAGCUAUUAAUGGGGCAUUGUGAGGAACUGUGCAAAGACAUUUUUGUUACAAACCUGUGGGCCUGUUGCAAUACUUUAAAAAUAAAAAGUUUUAUUCCAUUUUUGUUUGUUUUGUAUAGACAUUUCUAUUGCUUCUAAAUAUGCUUAAAUAUUUUCUUUCCUUAUGUACUGUACAGUUAAUCUUAUUUGCCAUCACGUUGAACACAAAAUGUGUAUUUAGAAUAUUUGUAUAACUGUAUAAAAUGAAAAAGGAAUUAUGUGGUCAGUGCAUUGUUUUCUAAACUGGAAAUCAUUUUGUUUUAAAAGUUAAUAACGGAAACCAUAUUAAAAUUGAAUAAAAUAUGAAAUAUG